GGCAACCACCUGCAGGCUCAGUUUCACUUGUGGGGCCAGGGCACUGCAGGGCACCACCAGCCAUGACAGCGAGUUGGCCCCAGGGCUGCUCCGCUGGAACUCCAUUUCAGCUCGCAGUUUUUGUUAUGACAGCAAUUGCUUUCACUUCUACAAAGACUCAAAAUACAUCUGAAAUCACAUGUGGGUUUAUCAGCCAGAAGGAUGAAGGUUCAGAAGCACCAGAGACAUCAGUAGUUCCUAAGGUUCCUAAUACUUUGGAAGAUCUUGGGUGUUACUUGAAUUCUCAAGGAACAGAGAACAUCUACCAAACAAUUAAAAACGUGGAAGUUAAUGUAUUUGAAGAUAUUGAAUUAAGAAUAACAAUGAGCAUUUCAAACAUAAUUUCAUGCUUUUGGUUCUUUAAAAAAAGCAAAGACUGUAAGCUUUCUUUUGACUCAGAGAAUAGAUAUAUUACAUCUUUGGCUUUUUCCCAAAUACAAGAAGGACAAGCUGGGAAAUACACCCUCUUGGUCACAAGUAAAACUGGCAAUUACACAGUGGUUGUGCCUGUUCUCAUCCGAAAAAAACCAGCCAAACCCUAUUUCAGGAAAAGGGAAAAAUCAGAUUCUAUCGAGUGCAUAUCUGAGAGCUACCCCCAGCCCUCUGUGGAAUGGAUAUUCUGCAAAACACCUGAAAAGAGUUGCCCUUAUAAAAGGCAUGAAGAAACUGGAGAAGUAGAUGGCAUCCAGAUGGUGCAACAUGAAUUAUUUCAAACUUACAUAUGGUGCUGUGCAGUCAAUGUCCUGGGCAGAGAAUGCACCAGCCUUUUUACUAUAGAUUUAAAUGAAAGACAAGCAGCACCUUUACCUGAACUACUACUUAAGGUUGGGGAACCAUUGCUGAUCAGAUGCAGAGCUGUUCACCAUAAUUAUAAAUUCAGAAUACAACUAUCUUUUGAAAACAGAGAAGUUGAGCAGGGUUGCUGCUUUGAAGGAUUAGAAUACCAAGCAAACUUGUCAGCAAUUCGGGUCCAGCAUGUGUUUGUUUCAGCAGCAGAAAGAAAUUACAGUGGACAUUACACCUGCUCUUCGACUGCUCAUCCAAAUCAAACUGCUUUGAUCACAGUUCUAGAAAAGGGAUUUAUAAAUUUAACUGACUCUAAAGAAGAUUUUGAAAUUGGUGAAGAAGAGUUUUGCUUUGAAGUUAACUUUACAGCAUAUCCUCCAGUUAGAUGCAUGUGGCUGUAUUCCAAUAAAACAUUUCCAUGUUUACAAAGUUACAGUGUGGAUGGACACAGCAUUUCAUCGAAGUUCUGCAACCAUCAGCACCAGUCUGGGAUAUAUGUAUUUUAUGCUGAAAAUGAUGAUACAGUUGUAACAAAAAAAUUCACUCUUUAUGUGAGAAGAAAGCCUGAAAUAAGGAUGCAGCUGUUGUUCAAGCAGAUCUCCUGUGUUGCUGAAGGUUACCCUGCCUCAUCCUGGGUUUGGAGGAACUGUCUUGAAUUGAACUCAUCCAACUGCACAGAGGAAAUCACAGAGGGGAUUCAGAACUUCUUGCCAGAGAGGAGAUCCCUGGGGUCGUGGAUUUCAAGCAGUACUUUUUACAUAAAGGAGACAGCAACAACCUUCUCAGUGGAGUGCUGUGCAAACAAUUCAGCUGGCUCAGCCUGUGAGAAGAGUUUCAUUAACCUGUCAGUUGCAGGAGCUGUUUCUUCACCCCUGGACAAUGCUGCAUUCUAUGUCUCCGUUGGAUUUUUUCUUCUCUUGAUUGCUUUUUUGUUUGUAUUCAUUUUUCUUAAAUACAAAAAGCAAUUCAAAUAUGAAAGCCAGUGGCAAAUGAUACAGAUGAUAGGGCCAUCAGAUAAUGAAUACAUCUACAUCGACUUCAGAGAAUUGGAAUAUGACAUAAAAUGGGAAUUUCCCAGGGAAAAUCUGGAAUUCGGACAGGUCCUUGGUUCUGGGGCCUUUGGGAAGGUAGUGACUGCAACAGCUUAUGGAAUUAACAAUGCAGGAGAUUCAGUCCAGGUCGCAGUCAAAAUGCUAAAAGAAAAACCUGAUGCUUCAGAAAAAGAUGCUCUAAUGUCUGAGCUGAAAAUGAUGACUCACAUUGGAAGCCAUGAAAAUAUUGUGAACCUACUAGGAGCUUGUACCCUGUCAGGACCAAUCUACUUGAUAUUUGAAUACUGUUGCUAUGGUGACCUUCUGAACUACUUGAGGAGCAAGAGAGAAAAGUUUCACUGGACACUGACAGAUAUUUUUAAGCAGCAAAACUUCAGUUUUUACCACAAUAUCCAUCAGGACCAAAACUCUAGGACAGGGACUCACCUGAAGUACACUGUGAACACAGCUCUGUGCAGAGGGGAUGAAUUUGAAACCAUGCAAAGAAGUCAAAACACAAAUGUGACACUGGGAUCAGAUGGGAUUGUGCUGUUUUCUGAUGAAGAUAAAAUUAAGGAUGCAAACACACAUGUGGAUGAAGAAGAGGAUUUUAAUGUGCUCACUUUUGAAGACCUUCUUUGCUUCUCUUAUCAAGUUGCCAAAGGAAUGGAAUUUCUUGAGUCCAAAUCGUGCAUUCACAGAGACCUUGCUGCCCGGAACAUCCUGGUGACCCAUGGGAAAGUGGUGAAGAUAUGUGACUUUGGCCUUGCCAGAGAUGUAAUGAACGACUCCAACUACAUUGUCAGGGGCAAUGCUCGGCUGCCGGUCAAAUGGAUGGCCCCUGAAAGCUUGUUCGAGAGGACAUACACCAUGAAGAGCGAUGUCUGGUCGUAUGGAAUACUGCUGUGGGAAAUAUUCUCCUUGGGUGUAAAUCCUUACCCCGGUAUUCAGGUUGACACAAAUUUCUACAAAUUAAUACAAAGUGGAUUUCAAAUGGACCAACCGUAUUAUGCUACAAAAGAUGUUUAUUGCAUGAUGCAGUCCUGUUGGGCUCUUGACUCCAGGGAAAGACCUUCUUUUUCUUACCUGGUGUCCUCUCUGGCCUGUCAGCUGGCUGAGGCAGAAGGAGCAGUUUACCAUAAUACUAAGAAAAACCUUGCUACACACCAUUCCAGCAUCAAAACUAAACCUCGUGUAAGCAGGGAUGAGGAAUCUUUGCUGUCCCCAAUUGUUCUCCAGCAUGAAGACACUCAAGUUGAAAAAUAAUCUGAGUUGUGGAUUUGGUCUCAGUAUUGUCAUAAACUCUGUGUAGGACAAGUGUUUUAUAUCAGCUCUAAGAAAAGAAAUUGUCACCAA